AUGCUCGGCUCCUGGGGCCUAGUUCCAAGAUCUACGUCUGUAUGGGCGGCAGCUUUAAUCAUCCUCUGCCAAUUAGUCCCGCUGGCCGUGGCGUUGCGGACAGCACCAGGAUCGCCAUGUGCAAACGUUUGCAAUAAGCAAUCGACCAAUACAACGGGAUCCGAGAUUACCUGUUUAGAUACGGACUUUACUUCCACCAGCAAAGGGUCUCAGUUCAAGCAGUGCGUCGACUGUCAGUUGCGAAGUACUUACAGUGACCCAUCUUCCGGGGAGACGGAUGUGGACUGGGGACUUUUGAAUUGCCAGCCGUUGGACAGAGCCCUAGAGUUUGAUCUGGCAGACCCGGGUGCGAACAACUUUUACACCUGGUGUGGCACUACAACUGCUACAAUUUCACACUCACCCAGACCCAGGAUCCAACAAAUGGUCAAUCGCAGGUUUUCAUGGCAAACUUUCUUGAAGCGCUGCGUUAUAACUGCCAUUUUCGAACACCUACGGGCUUCGCAUUCCCUAUUAGCCCAACGAGGAUCUUCAGCGAGUCGCUGUUACCAUCCUCAACGACCCACCAUGUAUCAGCAGGGUCACGGGCAGCACCAGCAGCAGCAGGGUUUCAGCUUCGUCGACAAUGAUGGACAAUAUCGCGAUGUGGGCUAUUCCAAGAAUCUCACCGAGGUAACCGCGUCCGCUGUCGCAAGCCCGCCCCUGAACCUUUCCCCAGACGGAGAAAAACAGAAAAACCCCGAGCACCCAGAGUACUUCGGCCAGGACUCCAAGCAGAAGCGGUAA